AAAAUGAGAGUAGAAACGAAAUACGAGUUGUAUCGUUUGGAGAAGGGACCAAGUCAGGAAGCGUGGAUGAACGACGAAGAAGCUACUUACGCGCUGAAAACGAUGAACUACAUCAGAAGAAUGGAAAACAAGGCGGCGGAGUUGUACAGAUUGCGGUUGAUCAACGGUUUCCUUCAUUUGUAUUCUGGCCAGGAGGCGGUAGCUGUUGGUACGAAGAUGUCGAUCACGGAGAAGGACAGCGUGAUUACGGCUUACAGGUGCCACGGUUUCGCGGUGGUGUUCGGCGUGUCGGCACGGCAAGUUUUCGCGGAACUGAUGGGUCGUAAGAGCGGAAUCUCGAAAGGAAAAGGUGGCUCGAUGCACAUGUACGCGAGGCAAUUUUACGGAGGCGACGGGAUCGUCGGUGGUCAGGUACCGAUCGGCGCCGGGUUGGGAUUCGCUCACAAGUACAACGGCACAGGCGGAGUCGCGUGGGCAUUCUACGGAGACGGCGCCGCGUCCCAAGGUCAGAUCUUCGAGGCGUACAACAUGUCGAAAUUGUGGAAGUUACCGGUGGUGUACGUAUGCGAGAACAACUUGUACGGUAUGGGCACGGUGGUGGACAGACACUCGGCCAACACCAACUUUUACGCACGUGGCGAUCUUAUCCCAGGAGUGAAGGUAGACGGGAUGAGAGUGACGGCUGUUCGCGAGGCGGUCAAGUUCGCCAGGGAGUACGCUGCUCGGGACGGGCCGAUUAUCCUCGAGAUGGUCACCUAUAGAUACUUUGGGCACAGCAUGAGCGAUCCCGGUACCUCUUAUCGCACUAGAGACGAAGUGAAAUCGGUCCAAGCCGAACAAGAUCCUAUCCAGUUACUGGCCAAGCAACUCGUGGAGAACGGUGUGAAAAGCGAAGAGGAAAUUCGAACGAUUCGGGAUAGCACGUACAAAGCGGUGGACGAGGAACUGGAACAAGCGAAAGCCGACUCGUUUCCGGAAAUGUCCGAUAUUGCGGCCGACGUUUACGUGAACCCGUUGGAAAAAGUGCGCGGCAAAGUACCCUGGGAAACUCAUUAA